AUGUCUAGUUUAAAUGAUUUAAUCAAAGAGUUGAUGUUAUCAAAUAACAUUGAUGGCGAAAUCAAAGAAGAGGAUAAAGAUGAUAUUUACUUUGACAGACGUCUAAAUAGUGCGGUGGAGGUAUACGAUAGAUUAUCAACAGACUUUCCAACGAUAUCAAGUAAACAAUUGAAAUUAUUGUUAGAUGAUCUAUUAAAUAGACUUAUAGCGUUAGAUAAUCAAUUCACACCAACAUCAACAGUAACCAUAUCAUCACUACCGCCUUUUAAAUUCAAUAAUAUACUUUUAAAUACAUUAACAGAGUACUCUUUAAAGUAUAAUACAACUUUAAACUCACAAUCAUCAACAACCACAAAAACAACUAAAGAUCAAACUAAUAGCAAUCAAGAAUAUGGUAUAAAGGAAUCAAAUGAACUUUUAGAAUAUCUUGAUAGAUAUUAUAUUGAUGAUGAAUCUGAUGAUGAUGAUGAUGAUGAUGAAACUGAUCAAUCAGAUGAUAAUCAAGAAAUAAUAGAUCAUAGUAAUAAUGAAAUAGCAGCAGAAGUAGAAGAAGAUAAUGAGGAUAAUUAUAAGGAUUUCAAUGUUAAUAGUGGAGGUGUAGAUAUUACAAAGGAAUUCUAUGAUGCUAAAUAUAGAUUGAAUGAAAAUAUCAAUAAUAAUAAUAAUAAUAAUAAUAAUAAUAAUAAUAAUAAUAAUAAUUGGUCUGUCAUUUGUGAAAAGCUAAUCGAUAUAUAUAAACAAUCAUGUUAUGAUAAUAUAUCAAAUGAUACCGUAUGGGAAGAUUAUUCGAUAAUGGAUGACAUCAAGUCAAUAGUCAAUUCACUCUUCUCAGCUGAACAUCUCUUACCGUUGGCAGCACUCAUUCCACUCUUUAUAUAUAUACUACGUGAUCGUAUUCUAUCGAAACCAAAUGAAAUACCAUAUAUACUUCCACAGCUUUUAGAUAUUCUAAUUGAAUCUUCCUCUUCUUCCUCCAGCUUUACACAAUCAAACGAUAAUCAUAGUACUGCUUUACUGUCAAAUUUCCAAAUAGAUACAUUAUUAUCAUUAUUUGAUAGUUUGGUAUCGAUUCCACUUAAAUCAUUGUCAAAGAGAUCACUAGAUUAUCUUAAUAAAUCAAUUAUCGAUAAUCUGUUACAUCUGACCAAUAGACUUUCCUAUUGGAAUUCUUUGGAAAUCAAUCGACUUACACAUAUUAAUAGUAACUCUAAUAAUGAAAUGUCAAUGAUAUCAAAGAUAACAUUGUAUAUUGCCAAUCAGUUAGACUAUAAAGGAUGGGAUCAACUCUAUCUCCAGAAAUCAUUAUUCGCUCAAUAUCUUACAUUAACACUAAAGUUAAUUAAUAAUCCAACCGAUUCGAUUGUAUAUGAAUCAUUGGUCAAUGAGUCAUUACGUUGGUUAACAACAGUCUGUUGUCAGUCAGAGAUGCUUUGCAAGUUCACACAACAAGUACCAGAGUUCAAAUCACUAUUUCUUGAAGAUCUUAGUAAUAAUGAUAAUAAUGACACUGGUAAUGAUAAUGAUAAUGAUAAUAGUAAUAAUCAAAUUAAUAUCAAUAUUAAGAGUAAAUAUAAUGAAUACUAUGCAAUCUGGUUAUAUUUAUCAGUUUUAUAUCCAGUGGGUAGUAAUCAGAAACAACAAUCACAACAAUAUCAGCAACAACAAGAUCAAAAGAUAGAAUCAUUUAUCAAUAUAUUAGAGUCAAUGAGUAGUGAUAGAGUCUUUGAACUGCGAGAUUGCUCUGUACUGAACUCACUUACGACGAUCACUCAGCAUCUUUCACAGAUAAAAGUUUUGCGAUCCACAACUUUACCUCUUUCAAAGGUCACCGAAUUUUUAAGUAGACUCGAAUCAAAGGUUGUUGAAACAAUUAAGCAACUAUUAUUGAAACAACAUUUAACUAAUAAUAACAACAAUGAUAAUAAUGGUAACAAUAAUAAUAAUAAUGAUAGUAAUGAAAUAGAUAACAAUAAUCAGCAACAAAGAAUAAUAGAAAGAUUUAAACAACAAUUAAUCAAAUUAAGAACUUAUCUAAAAUCAUUAUCACCAACAAACGAUAACAAGAAGAAAUAA